CUUGCAAAGAGUUGAUUGAAUUGUAGAAGAUUUCAGCCAUAUCAAUCCGCAUCCAUGGUUUCCCUCGCCGUGAUAGCUAUAGCGAAAUAAGGCUCCUCGCCAAUUGGGCUCAGGAUUAUGGAGAUUAAUUCUGCGUAUUUGCACCAUUAGAGAGCGGGUUGGAUUGAAUCCAAGGUAUACAGCCUUCUAGCCGAUCCUCUGACAUUGUUCUCAACAAGCCGGAUGUCCUUUCAGAUGAUCCGCUUCGAUUUUGGAUACGUUCCCCUCCUCAACAUAAGAUACUUCAUAACCUUGAUGUGCCCUUCUGAGGCAUCCGGUCUCUUAUCCAUGACCUAAACUUAGAAUGCCGAAUGCCGCCGUACCUAGCUUACAUAUUGCAUACAAUCUCUCUCUCAUUUGCAAGGCUUCAUGUUCCUCUCAAUUUAGCGAAAUUGCACAAUCUAUCAAAUGAAAUGAAGCCUCUCAAGUCCCCUGGACAUCCCCAAGUCUCGAUCGAGGGCGAAGGCAGUUUCAGUAUGGCUGCUCAGGUUCGUCGACGCCUCCACACUCAGUCCCCGGCCUCUUUUUCAGAUGAGCGCGCCAUGAACGGGGGGGCUACGGAUUCCGGGGGCGGGGCUCGAAGCGAGAAGAUCCCUCUAUUGAACGAGCAUCUCUCGUCUUUGCCGCGCUUCCAAGCUCCUUUGCUCUCCAUCAGCUUCCCGAGAUUUGCCGUGGUCACGGUGAGCUUGCCCCUGGCCUCGUUUGUGUUUUGCAUCGGCUACUCGUACUUGUACAACUUCCGGCGAACCACCGCCACCCACUGCAAUGUGUGGAACUUUGCUCCUUCCAUCUCCUCGGCUGUUAGCGUGUUUAAACCGCAAUAUUAUGUUUGGCGCUUGGGGAUCGCGCUCCAUUCCGCCCCACGGCUUCUUUUGGCCCGCAUGUACUACUUCUACUACCGCCAGGGGCUACGGGGUCGAUUCCGGAACCUGGCCCGUGCCACGUUCACGUUCAAUGUGAUCGAGAAUCUGGCCCUUCUCCUGCUCAGCUUCGCCGCUUCCAAGGACGACUUCUCGUUGCAUAAAGCCUGCUUCAUUGCUUUCAUCGCGAGUUCCUCGUUGUACCUCAUCUGUAGCUACUUAAUUGUCAGUUCGUUGUGGUGGGCCUCGCGAACACCCUUGGAGAACUCCAGCCUGUUCUUGAAGAAGAGCAUCAUGAGCGUCAACCUGGCGACCAUAGUGCUAUCGCUCUACUUCUACUACCGUCAUAAUACCUACUGUGAACCCGGGGUGUACUCGUUGUUCUCCAUUUGUGAAUACGUGAUUGUGCUCACCAAUAUGGGAUACCACUUCACCUCCUACUACGAUUUCCAUCAUCGAAUCAUAACGAUUUGAACACCACGAAUCUCAUCUUACCAAGCAACCAAUCCGCACGAUAUACUAUCUGAUGUAGUAGUCAUUCUAUCCCUGUGACGAAAAUAAAUUUUAUCGAACGUAAACGUGACCCGUUUCACCGAUAGGCACGACUUUUUCAGA